CCAUCACCAAACGCCAAGAAAAAACGAAAUGGGUAAAAGGGAAAAUAGAAAAAUAGACUAGUAAACAACAACUACAAGUGAAGCACAAGCAAAGAAAAGGAGGCAGCAAAACACUGACUUUCUCUCUCUCUCUCUCUCUGAGUUGCUUUGCUUUCUGUUUUUCUCUCGCCUUUUCUCUGUCUCCAGAACACUACCGCUGCUCCUCUGUACUCCUUAACACAGCAAAACAACAGCUCAUAAAAAGCAAGGAAUGAACCAAACCACCCCAAAUGAAUUAAAGGAAAAUUCUUUCGCUGUUUUUCAAGCUUUGAACGAGUAGUAGUAGUAGAAGAAGGAGAAGAAGAAGAAGAGUAAAGAAAGAUGGGUAUUCUACACGACGACGUAGUGAUCAUAAGGCAAUCAGAGACAGAAGGAGAACCAAGUGUUAUCACUGUUAACUGCCCUGAUAAAACUGGUUUGGGCUGUGAUUUAUGCCGCAUCUUGCUCUUUUUUGGUCUUAGCAUUGUUAGAGGAGAUGUAUCUACAGAUGGGAAAUGGUGCUACAUAGUGUUUUGGGUAGUUUGUAAGCCUGCAACAAGAUGGGAUUCUUCGAGAUGGGAAUUGUUGAAGAAAAGACUAAUUGGGGCUUGCCCUUCUUGCUCUUCAGCUUCUGGGAUUUCUUAUUACCGUUCUGAAUUGCAGCCUCCAAAGCCUCCUGAUGUGUUUCUCCUCAAGCUUUGCUGUUAUGAUAGAAAAGGCCUUUUACAUGAUGUGACAGAAGUUCUGUGUAGUCUCGAACUCAAUAUAAAGAAAGUGAAGGUAUCCACAACUCCAGACGGGUCAGUGAUGGACCUAUUCUUUGUUACAGAUACCAGGGAACUAUUACAUACAAAAAAGAGGCAGGUGGAGACUUGCAAAGCAUUGGAAGAUGUUAUGCAGGAAGCUGUGAUUAGCUGUAACAUUGAAAAGGUUGGACCUCAAAUUACUGCAUGUUCUCAGGCAUCUCCAUUUCUCCCGUCUCAAAUAACAGAAGAUAUUUUCCACCUAGAGAUGUCCAAUAAACUCCCAAGUGUAUCACUAACUUCCAACAGUGUUUCUGUCACAAUGGACAACUCGCUGAGUCCUGCUCACACGCUUGUUCAAAUCGUUUGCCAAGAUCAUAAAGGUCUUCUGUAUGACAUAAUGAGAACUCUAAAGGAUUACAACAUUCAGAUUUCAUAUGGACGCUUUUAUAUAAAACAAGGAAGAAAGUGUGAGAUUGACCUGUUUAUAAUGCAAGCUGAUGGAAAGAAGAUAGUUGAUCCUAGCAAGCAAAAUGCAUUGUCCUCACGUCUGCAGAUGGAACUGCUCCAACCACUCAGAGUAGCUGUAAUGAGCCGGGGUCCUGAUACAGAGCUUCUGGUUGCAAAUCCUGUAGAGUUGUCAAGCAAGGGCCGGCCUCUUGUUUUUUAUGACAUUACCCUUGCUUUAAAGAUGCUUGACACUUGCAUCUUCUCGGCAGAGAUUGGGAGACACAUGAUCGGAGAUCGAGAGUGGGAAGUUUACAGAGUUCUACUAGAUGAAGGUGCUAGCUUAUCUGUUCCAAGAAGAACGGUUGAGGAAGGAGUUUGGAAGCUGUUGAUGGGUUGGGAAUAACUAUGAUCACAACAUUGUUCCUCCUGGAUGGCCAUGGCCCCUGUACAGUAUACUUGCCCUGCCCCGCUGUGCAGUCGCUGUAAAUUAUGAAUCACAUCUCUAAAAUUUCGUAUCUUACGGUUGCAGCUUCUGCGAGGCUAAGCUUGUGAUGUAGAGAUGAGUUUGUAGCAGGGAGAUAAAGGAAUAGUAAAGCUCUUGUGGCAAUGUAUACUUGAAAGUUGUAGCACAGAGUUAGAAAUCAUGCAUAUCUUGUUGUGUAAGUAUCUUUGUUGGUGGACCCUUUGGUGGGUCAGUUGGGUACUAUCAAGCAAUCCGACGAAAUUUCUUAAUCAUAUUUUCAUCUCCCUGUACUAAAAAAUGCAGAACAUGUUGUAGAAAAAAACAGCGUUUUCCAGUUUU